ACGAGUUUUUGGUGACUGAAUGAUUCAUACACACGUGAUCAGAGUAUAGGCGGAACUUCCGGUCAAGGCGUCAGGGUGGUCAGCCUGCUAUGGACCGCUGCUGGAACUGCAUUCUCCAUCAGUUAGUCCAUUAGAUUAAGGUGUUUGGUGGAAUGAUCUGUUGUCUUUUACUCCACUUCAACAGAGGUUAAGUUAAAGCUGAAAAUGAGUUUCUUCCGCAAGCUAUUCGGAUGCAACAAAAAAAAAAUAAAAGGACAGUCAUCGUCACAGUCGACUGAAGUUGAUACUUUGAAAAAAUUACGAUCUACUGAACAGUUGUUGAGGGAAAAACGUGAAGUUUUAGAAACAAAUAUUAAAAAAGAGCAAGCUACAGUAAAAAAGAAUGUGAUAAAAAAUAAACAAGUUGCGUUGAAUGCGUUAAAUCGUAAGAAUCGUUAUAAGAAACGGUUAUCCCGGAAUGACAGUAUGUUAUCAACAGUCAUAGAACAACAGUCGGCCUUGGAAAGUGCGAACACACACAAUAUUGUGGUUGAUGUAAUACGCUCGACCUCAUACGCUGUUGAAAUGGCUAAUCGAAAUGUCAACAUAGAAGAUAUUCAUGAUAUUAUUGAUGAUAUAGCAACUUCACAAGAUUUAACUCAAGAAAUAUCAGAAGCUAUUUGUAUUCCAAUUAGAUCGGAAAUUGAUGAAGAUGAGGAAGAAUUACAAAAGGAAUUAGAACGUCUUGAAUUAGAAAAAUUGAACGAACAAGAAACGAAUAUUGAUCUGGCGCUAACUACAAAUUAUAUAAUGCCUGUCGUGCCAACAUUUGUACCUACCUAGUAGACCAAAUCAAAA